GCACAUUUAUCCACAAACCAAUUUUAAAAUUGUUCUUUCCUAAAAGUGAUAAAGUAUAACCCUUCACAUCUGGAUGAAGAUUAUUCCAACUUUAACAACCAAUUCCAAAGCUUCUUUUGGCUCAAACUAACAACAACAAACACUACUUAAAGUUCCCAUCAGUUUCCUCACAGAUCAUCGCCACUUCAGGCUGCAUAAUAUGAACCAGACAAUCCAUAUCCCUUUAUGAAUAUAUAUAAUCCAUGGGGUAACUAGCUUUAGCUUUUGUUUCAACUCUACUUGCAAGCAAGGAACUACUUCUACAAUGCUUUAUUCCAUCGUACAAUCCUAUAUAAACCUCUACCACCUAAAUUUUAAAUCACAAAACUAAGUUUCUACUUGUUCUUUUCAGCAAAACUCGUGUUUACUUUGUUAUGGCAGCCUACACUCGCCCUGUUCCAAAAACGCAUCAGCUGGCCAAAAAUGACAGAAGAAUGUUAUCUGCCUCUGAUGACAAUGCAAUGACGAAGCAAGUUGUAGCAACUCAUGCUCCGGAUGGCCGCGAGGUCAAUGUCAAGCCCAUUCUGCUUAUCGUCGAGGAAGUUAUCCGUCGUGCAACUCCCGAUAUUGGAAAAGUGGGCAAUGGCCAGCAUGAGGAUAUGUUUGAGGACCAAAUCAGUUCAGCAGAGAUGGAUGGUGUGCUUGAACCGCUGGCUCAUGUCAUACAAAAAGUCGGUGCCGAGCUAGCUUGCAAGUGCUCAGGUGGAGAUGCACACGCGACAACUAUGGCUAUACUGAACUUACUAUCAAAUUACUCAUGGGAUGCAAAAGUGGUGAUUACAAUGGCUGCCUUUGCUGUGAACUAUGGACAGUAUUGGCUUUUGUCUCAACUUUACACAACCAAUAUGUUAGCCAAGGCUCUAGCUCUGCUUAAGCAAUUGCCUGAUGUUAUAGAGCAUUCCAAUUCACUGAAACCCCAGUUCGAUGCGCUUAGCAAACUCAUCACGGCUGUAUUGAACGUAACGAAGUGCAUUGUCAAGUUCACCGAACUGCCAUCUCACUACAUUUCACCAGACACACCUGCAAUGUCGGUUGCCCUUGCUCAUUUUCCUACAGCUGCCUAUUGGACCAUCAAAAGUGUGGUCGCCUGUACGUCACUGAUUGAAAGUUUUGUCAGCUUGAGCCACGAGCUAAUUAUUUCGACCACCGAAGUGUGGGAACUUUCGAGCUUGGCUCACAAGGAAACAAAUAUACACGAGCAUCUCCAAACGCAGCUGGAUCUUUGCUUACAACACAUAGAUGAGAAAAGGCAUUUGGAGGCCUAUCAGAAUCUUGUGAGAAUUUCAGAAACUCUUCACCUAGACAAUAUGAAGUUUAUAAGGGCCUUAAUUUCUGCAAGAGAAGACAUACAGCCUCUCUAUGAUGGCACCUCCAAAUUGACGGUUCACCUAGAAAUACUGAAGAGAAAACAUGUCUUACUGUUGAUAUCAGAUCUUGAUAUCUCCCAUGAAGAAGUUAUGAUUGUUGACAACCUAUUCAAAGAAUCGCAGCAGCGACCAGAAAUUCGAUACGAGAUAGUGUGGAUUCCGAUUAUUGAUCGAUCGAUCCAACAGCACAGCAAGAAUAAACACAAGUUUGAGGAGCUGAAACAGCUGAUGCCAUGGUACAGUGUUUAUGACCCUUCAAUAAUUGAGCAAUCAGUCAUAAGAUACAUCAAAGAGAAAUGGAACUUCAAAAAGAAAACCAUUUUAGUGGCUUUGGAUCCACAAGGAAAAGUUUCUUCCACGAAUGCCCUUCACAUGCUUUGGAUAUGGGGAAAUCUAGCCUUCCCUUUCACUUCAGAAAGAGAAGAAGCACUCUGGAAAACAGAAAGCUGGAGGCUCGAACUUCUCAUCGAUGGCAUAGAUUUAUCCAUUCUCGAUUGGGUAUAUCUCCAUUUCCCUAAAUCUUUCACCACAUUCUCGAGAACCCCAUUUAAUAAAACUUUGAACAUUUUCAAGAACAUUAGACAAAAAAAAAAGGGGUUGUUUCUUAUUCUGUUUCUUGUUCAUCAGGCUGCAGAAGGAAGAUACAUAUGUAUAUUUGGAGGGGAAGACACAGAGUGGAUCAAGGAAUUCACAAGCAAAACAAAACAAGUAGCAGAAGCAGCAAACGUAGACUUACAAAUGGCGUAUGUAGGGAAGAACAAUGCCAAAGAACGCGUGAGGAAAAUCAGCAUCAUGAUAGCAGACAACAAACUAAGCCAUUACUGGCCAGAUUCAACAUUGGUUUGGUUCUUCUGGGCAAGAUUAGAGAGCAUGAUGUAUUCAAAACUAAACUAUGGAAAAACAGUUGAAAAUGACCAAAUAAUGCAAGAGAUUAUGACCCUUUUGAGCUUCGAUGGAAGUGAUAAAGGAUGGGCCAUUUUCUUUGGAAGAGGAGGGGAAAUGGCAAGAGCAAAAGGGGAAACUGCUCUGAGUUGCAUAUUGGCAUUCGAUCAGUGGAAAGAAGAAGUGGAAGAGAAGGGUUUCUUGAAAGCAUUGGCUGAGUAUUUGCAGCAACUUAGAACCCCACAUCACUGCAACCGCCUGAUUCUGCCGGGACUGACCGGAAACAUACCGGAAAAUGUGGUGUGUGCAGAGUGUGGAAGGGCAAUGGAGAAGUAUCUGAUGUACCGAUGCUGUGUUGAAUGAAUGAGUUUAAGCUAUAAGCAGGGGAUUUUAUAUUAUGUUUGUUAUGUUUAAUUGUUUGUUUUUUGAGUUUUUCUUAAUGCUGAGUUGAAAGAGAAUUGUCUUUUGGUUGUGGGAUUACAUGUUACUUUACUUCUAACAACAAAUCAUAAAUAAAGUUUUAUCCUUUCUCUGAGA